GAGGACAGCGAUGAAGACGCAAAGGAUAAGGUGAUUGAAGUGCAAGAUAUCGCCAUCGUGGAAGAGGCUCCGAAUCACGAUAGCGAAACAGAGAUUUCGCUGGAAGAAAGUAAUGGCGAUAGCACAGAUUCAUCCACUAAACGUGAACUUUCGUCGGCCAUGGCUCGCAAAAUGUCCGAACCUGUGAUGACAUCGGAUGGUCGACAAAAAGAACACGAAUCAGACGUUCUGUACUCAACUGUUCGGCGAGCGAACUCAUCUCUUGAAGCUUCAAGCCGACCAACUGAAAAGGGUAUGCUGAGUCAGGCUAGCCUUGAUCAAGCCAGACAGAGUACGCAUAAAUCGUACCCCUCGAAGAUGAGCAGUGCUGAAGAAUUUCACACCGAUGGUCUCAAGGCAAGAGCAGCAAAAAAGGAUGAAGUGAUUGGUCCAUUGACGGAUAUGGAAGACAAGGAAGAAAAUCACUAUGAAGAAAUUGACCAGCCAUCGACAAGUACUGGGAUUCGCGAAGUUGAAAAUCCUUACAGUACUAUCGGACCGAAAAGAAGGAAGCCGAAAAUAACUAAAAUCACGGAUGAUGCCGUUCCAUCUACAUCAGGAUGGUAUCCUGUGGUGGUUUCUCUUGGUGAAGCUGAUCAACCAAAAGCAGCGUCUAUCAGCAAAGCGCCUGAUGAGAGAGUAUUGGAGGCAGAUAUCAAAGUGGAGAUCACAAAAUUCUUGGAAGAAUUGAUUGAAAAACAUCCGGAGACUCUGGAUGUAAUCGAAAAUGUACGUCAGAGUCGUCUUGGGCGAAGCUCUGUUCCGCACAGAGUUCCACAGAUGAGACACAGACGUCGAUAUGUUCAGUCUUCUGUAGCUUGGGGCUGUGCUGUCAGAUAUGGCCUUCGUGAUGAACUACGUGCGGCUGCGAAUGAGACAUUCGCAGGGCUUUCACUGGUCUUUCAAGGACAAUCGACGGCAUGUGGAGUAGGUACUGCUCAGCCAUUGGGAUCUGGACGUGCACUGAUGGAGUUGUUACAAAGCACACAGGAUGCACCAACGGGAAGGAGUCGACUGGAUGUUCUACCGGAGUCGGCCUAUGCAAGUAGUGACGAGGAUGGAGAGCCGUGCUCAUCGCGAAACGCAGGGAAUUUGCCAGGGUUGAGUGUGGGAAGCACAAGGAGAGAGCGAGCUCUGUCUUCGUCAAGCAAUGAAAGUUAUACAUACAUCCCCCAGCUACCCACUACUGUUUUCCAUGCGCCGACAGGAACAGGGGCUAGUCGAGCAAGCACACGCCGUCAAAUGGUGUCAUUUGCUAACGUCGCCUCACGGCUUCGAGCGGCCGUUCGCCAAAGCGACGGUCUUGCAAUUGGUACGGAUGGACUGGAGUCGUCGGCUUCUCAUCUCACCCGUAGUAUACUCGAUCGCAGGGAUUUGAGACCAAGAGAGGAUAGUGGACCGCCGUUUCAG